AUGAACCUGCUCAGGCAGCGAGUGGCGGGACCGUCUGGACUAGGCGGAGGGAGGAAGGGGGUGACGAGUGGAAAGACGAAUGGCGCGAGUGGGGAUGGUGAGGAGAGAAACAGUGGAGGAGUGGACGGUCAAGGCGACGGACUGCCUCUUCCCCCGGGAGACGAUUGGAGCCGUCGCAACUGGCCUGAUCUGGGCAACAGCGGCAGCAGUUUCAGCCUCAGCAGCAGCAACAGCAACAGCAACAGCAACCCCACCUUUUCUGGGUUCCCCCCGCCACUUGUUGCCAACAAUGGUUCUGCCAGUCCUGAGCGCAAGCUGGGCUGGCGCCGUCGCUCGCUCUCCGUCUUGCCGCAGAAGGCCGCCCUCCGGUCCACCUCCCCCCUCCGCGGCGUCUUCCCCAGCGUGCAGUCGCUGGCCGGCGGAAAGGAGUCGGCGGGGGGAAACGCGCGGGCUCAGCGGAGGGGCGGGGGGAAACUCGCCAGCGAAGCGGAACGCCCGGGGGCACUGCCGGUUGGAGGAGCGGGCGGAGCAGCAGGGGGGGCGGCGGGCGCGGUGAUGAGGCGGCAGGGGCUGAACCUGGGUCCGCGGGGCUCCCCGCAGGGGCUGAACGCGCUAGAGGACGUGCUCAAGGGGGGAUGGUCCUCCGCCGAGUCCUCUCCCGCCGUCACCCCGCAGCGCUCCAUGACCGUUGGGAUCGACAGGACCGGCGCUACCAGGGGCGGCGGGGCUGCCAAGCUCGCUUUCGCCUCGCCGCCCUCUUUUGGCGGGUGGGAAAGGCGAGCCGCGGCAGAGGAAGUGGGGGGAGCCGGAAGGGCGUCAGAGCUGGGUGGGUGGGGUGACGGGGAGGAGGGAGGUGAUGUGGCUAGGGGUAGCGGGCUGGGAGGCGAGGUGAGCAGAGAGAUUCAGGGGACGGGGAUGACGGUGGCAAGCGCGGGGGUGGGGGCAGGCCAUCCGCGGAUGGUAGACGCGGAGGCAGCAGGUGGUGGGAGUCCAUGGCGCGCGGUGGGCGGGAGUGGUAGCGCGGAGGACGGGGGCGGUGGUGCGGAAGGUAGGUGGGGCGAUGAGGGGCGAGGGCAGAAGAGGGCGAUGCGAUCCAAGACGGGCGAUGGGGCGGCGGCAUGGGCGGGAUGGGCGCACGCAGGCGAGGGGUGGCGGGCGGACGCGGGGAGCGGAGGGGAGGCGCAGGAGCACAGGGACGCGGCUGGCGCGCAGGUGCUGGGGCGGGCGUGGAGCCGGGCGGGGGAGACAGCAAACGACAUGGGCGGGGGCAGGGGAGCAGCAGCGGAAGGCGCAGCGGGAAUGGGGAGCAGCAGAGGAGCCGUGGCGGGCGUGUGGGGUGGGAGAGGGGCAGGGGGCUUGCCAGGGAGGCCUGCUGUGGGGAGGCUGGGCGGCGGAGCCAUGCAUGGGGGCGGUGUGGUGGGCGCAGGCCAGGGGAGGGUAACGGCGAUAGCUCGUCACCGCAGCCAGAGUCUCGCGGACCUGCUGCAGGCGCCGCCAGGCGCAGGGGGGAGGUCGGGGGGCGGGGCGGAUGGGCGCGGCGCGGACAGCGGGAGUGGUAGCGACGCGGAGGGGGAAGGGGAGAAGUGCAUGCGGCGGGGCUUCAGCCUGAACGCCAGUGGCAGCAGCGCGGGGGACAGCGGCGCGCAUGUGAGGCACGGCGCCCUGGGGCGAGGGGCCGCGCAUGUGGUGCGCCCUCCGCAUCUCCCCAGCCCCAGCAUGAGCGCGCUCCCCUUGCUCUCCCACGCCUCAUCUGUUCCCGCCGUUGCUCCCCCAUGGAGGGGCCCGCGGGAGGGAGGGGAGUGGGCGGGGAAGGCGGCGGAGCAGGUGGAGGCGCGGGAGAAGGAGGCGAGAGGGAAGGCAAGAGGGGGAGGCGGCGGGAAAGGCGUAAGUGAUGGGCGGUUUGCGUGGGACGUUCCAUGGCAGGGGCUUGUGAAGGGGGAGGGGGGUGAUGAACAGGAGAGGACAUGGGACGAGGAACGCAGGCAGGGCGGGCAGGGGGGGCGGCAGCGCAAGGAGCGAGAGGAAGGAUGUGGUGUUGAGUCGGAGAGGGAGGGGAGUGAGGAGACCAGUGAGGAGUGGGAGGAGCAGGAGGAGGGGAGGGCGAAGAACGGGGGAGUGCAAAACGAGCAGGGUCUCGAUGAUACAGAGAGUGAGAGCGAUAGGGAGAGCGCGAGUGAGAGUGGCAGUGGCGGUGGGGAAGAGGAGGGGUCUGAAGGCGAAGGCAGCACGGGUGAGAGUGUGCAGUGGCGGCAGCAGGGCGGGCGUGCGAGCGAGCAGGGGAGCAGUGGCAGUGCGGAGGGGUCGGUGGUGGUGGUGGAGAGCGACAGUGAUGCCGACGCUGAGAGCGAUGCCGCGUGGCACAGCGACGCUCAUGCUGAUGCUCAUGGGCGCAGUGCUGCUGCCUCUGACGCUAGCUCUGAGGGUGCUCACAGUGACUCUCGUGAUGAUGAUGAUGUGGUACACGGGAAGGAGCACGGACAGCUGUUGAAGAAAGAGAAAGAGGAGGAGGAGGAGGAGGAGGAGGAGGAGGAGGAGGAGGAGGAGGAGGAGGAGGAGGAGGAGGAGGAGGAGGAGGAGGAGGAGGAGGAGGAGGAGGAAGAGGAGGAGGAGGAGGAGGAGGAGGAGGAGGAGGAGGAGGAGGAGGAGGAGGAGGAGGAGGAGGAGGAGGAGGAGGAGGAGGAGGAGGAGGAGGAGGAGGAGGAGGAGGAGGGGGAGGAAGGGGAGGAGGAGGGAGGGGAGGAGGAUGAGGUGGUAGAUUCAGUGCCUAUAUCGCCCACAAUGCUUGCCCUCCUCACCUCGUCCACCACGCCAUACCCCCACCCUGGCAGCGGUGGCAGCUGGGGUGGCAGCGGUGCUGACUGGACUCUCACUGACCUUGCUGCCCCUUCCACCUCGCCCACUGACCCCCAGCAUUCUCCACAAGACGCACCGCAGGUGGCACCAUCCCAAGCUGCGAACAGAGGCAGCCCUGCCACUCCGUCCGCCCGCACCACUGCCACCACCGCCGGUGCUCUCAACAGCAGCAGCAGCGGCAGUGACCUGCCCGCCAGCCACUUGCCCCUGCGCCCUUCCCCUGCGUUCGCUGCUGCCAGACCCCCUCGCCAGCCAUCCCUGCCCGCGCCACAGGCAGGGGGGGGAGCGGGAGCAGCAGGAGGUGAUGGAGGGGAUGGAGGGGAGUUCGGGGGACGGGGCAGGAGAGAGGGCUUGGAGAGGAGGGCACUGAGUCAGAUCCCACCACUCGACUCCUCGUCACCCACACAGGCAUCACCAUUUGCAUCACCGCACGUGCCAGCAGCGCCCUCCGCUGACCCAGCAGCCCCAGGGGACUCGCCUCCCAUACUCACCGCUGCAUCAGCGGGUGGGGGCAUACGGAAUGCAGCAGCAGCGGCGUCACCGUCAGCACCCAAGCCACGGGCCCAUCCAGUAUUGUCAGCACCAUCGUCAUCAGCGGCAGCAGGGCAGCAGCGCGUGUGUGUGCGGUGUGAGGGAGUGGAGAUACCCAAGCAGGCGCGCAUAGGCGGGGACAUCACUGUGUGGUUCACCCUUCGCAACUUCUCCAAGCGACCAGUGCGGGGGCAGGUGGAGCUAGUGGUGAGGGUGCAGUGGCAGACGGAGCAGGGCGAGGCGGUGGAGAGGGAGGCGAGGGAGCUGGCGCUGCCCAUGGCACCUGCAGACCGCACGCGCAUGGACGUCAGAGUGCCCCUCGACGAUGCCGCUGCUGCCUUCUCCCACGCCUCUCUCUCCGCUCACCUGGUGCUUGCAGGCACGCCCGCACACCACAGGCGCAGUGAGGUGCGGUUGGUGCCAGCAUACACGGGGCACCCCGCGCACAUCCUGCUGCUCUCAGACGCCUCGCUCUCCCGCCCCCAGUUCCUCACCUGGCGCUCCAUCGCCGCCCUGCUGCACCUCUCCCUCGCCGUCUGGGAUAUCGCCCUGCACUCCUCCCUGCUCCCCCCCUCCUCCACUUCCUCCUCCCCCGACCCCUCCCAACCGCGCUCCACCGCCGUACCCUCUGCCGCCAGCAACCCCUCGCUCCCAGCAGCAGGUGUGCAAGAGGCACGGUCAGUGCAGGUGGCGGGGGCACUGGAGGGCGAGUACUUACACCUCGCUGCCAGGCCACCCCAUGCCAUGCCUGCCGCUGCACCCCGUGCUGACGCGGCAGGCUCAGCUGUUAGUGGGUGGAAGGGGGAGAGGGGGGGAGGUGGAGGAGGAGUGGGCGUGGAGGUGGGGGAGGCGAGUGGGAGUCGAUCGCUGCAGUGGCAGCACGAGCAGCGCAUGGCAGCAUCCAUGAACGAUGCUCUGCUCACCCGCACCACACAGCCCGGCGCCCACACGCCCCUGCAUGCUGCUGCUGCCGCGCACCACAACGCAGUGGAGAGCGUGCGAUCGUGGAACGAGGCGCCUCAGUUCCGCUCCGCUCCCUUCUCAUCCUUGUCCGCUUCCCAUGUGCCGCUUGUGGUCUCGGAGAGCCUGCAGCAAGAAUUCCCCGAGUUCCGCCAUUUCGUCUCCAUCGACCUCCACUCUACAGACGGGCCUGUCCAGCUGAAACAUUUCCGGUGCCCGCUGCCUGCCAUGCUGCGCGUGCAUGCGCUGCCAACAGAGUCCUUUGACCCCCCUCCUGAUGACCUCAUAGUGGCGGGGCACCUGGGCGUGGGGGAUACAUCUGACGACGACAGCGGAGAUAACGGGGAUGGUGACAGCGAUGCUGAUGAUGGUGACUAUGAUGCUGCUCGUGGUCGUGAUGCUCAUGGGUAUGGGGAUGGGGAUGAAGAUGGGGAUGGAGAUCGGGAUGGGGAUGCGGAUGGGGCAGGAUAUGAAGGCAGUGCAUGGGCAGAGCUGGACAGCCAGGGGGGCAGGGAUUCGUAUGGGGGCAGGGAUGAGGGCGAGGCGAGUGAUGGCGAUGCAAGUGACGCCUUGGAGGGCGCGCAUGCGAAUGGCUACUCUGAUUCAGGCACCGUGGUUGACAGCGGUGACUGGGGUGCUUACAAGGACCAAGGGAGCCACGGGGAAGGGGAGGCACAGAAGGGAGGGGAAGGGAGGGGGGGAAUGAGGAGGGGGAGGUAUGUGCGGGGGAGCAGCACGGCGAGUGUGGUGUUUCACGAGGAUGCGGACGCGGAUGACUGGGGUGCUGGCCUGGGACUCUCCAAGAGCACCACUCUCGGGGGCGGCCGCGACAGGGAGAAGGGGCGCGGGAAGGGACGGGCGGAGGCGGCGCAAGGUGCUGUGGAGAGCAGCCGGUGGGGAGGGGCGGAGGGGGAGAGGAGAGGGAGAGCGGGUGGUGCUGGUGCGGAGAGCAUUGCAAGGGGCAUGGGGAGAGCAGAGAUGGGAGGAGAGCGGCGCUCACUGGUAUCUUCGGGGAAAGCAUUGCGAGCUUCGUCAAUGCCCCGUCAGAGGCCGAGUGGGUACGCACAGGGCGCAAGGCGCGCUUUGUCCCCUCCCACACGCCCCGGCGCUUGUGCCGCUGCGCGCCCUCCUCCUGGUGGUGCUGCUGCUGUUCGUCCUCCCAGCCAUCGAGACUUUGCCGCUGCUGCUGAUGGUUCUGAGGGGCAGGAGCGGGAGGCGAGGGCAGAGCAGCAAGAGCGGCAGUUGAACCGCAACCUGUCCUUCCAGGGCGAGGGAUGGGAUGGCAGUGUGGCCCCAAGUGACGCGGAGCAGCGGCAGCACGAGGGGCACGCAGAGGAUGCCUUGGACGGCAGUCAAGGCUCAGAGUGGACGACAGGGGGAGGGGGCGGGGAUGAUGAAUGGGGAAGCUACUCCGAGCCAAACAACAGAAUGCAGCACAGCAGACCGCAGCAGCAACAGCAGCAUGGGCGAGGAAACCAAGAGAAUUCCCAAGAACAGAAUUCCCAAGGGCGGCAGGGGAGGCGCAUGAGCACACGUCAACCAGUGGAGCCGCAGUCUCCGCCAUCGCCCCUCCACCUGCCAGGCGCCAAGGACGCCUUCGCCUCGCCCGACUCCGUGCCCCCUCUCCCCCGGCGCAGCAUCAGCAUGGGACGUGCCACCACGGGCGCGUCCCUGCCGUCCCGCCUGGCAGACAUGGUGCGCUCCCUCACGCCCUCGCGCUUCGACCACCGCCGCCAUGCUCAUGACCAGCGCCACGGUGCAGGGGAGGCGGAGGGGGAGGAGGGCAGGGAGCUGCGGGCCGUGCAGAGCUUGAAUAGCCGAGGGUUCAGGGGCAGCCGCAGUCACGUGAGGGCAGCGGGCAAUGGCGAGGGGGUGGGAGGUGUGGUGACAGCGGCAGCAGGGAGCAGCUUGAGCCGGCUUGGUUUGGGGAACCAGGGGGCGAGUGGAGGGAAGCAGGGCACGGGGCGGGGUAGAGAAGGGGCCGGGAGGCGAUGGGGUGGAGGGAGAGGCGGCGGGAAUGGUAGCAGGGGUGAGAGCGAGGGGCCAGUUGAGCUCACGUCCUCGCUCUCCCUCCCCAUGUGGGUGUCCGCUCGCAACCAACCCAGGGAUGUCAGCCCCACGCGCCUCUCCCUGCCACGUGGCAACCCCUCCUUGCGCCACAUCAGCAGCAUGGGUGCAAGGACAACGAGUCGAGUGAACUCCCUGGCAAGGAGUGUGAGCAAAGGGCCCGUCCCAACCGGUCGCAAGGUCCACCUGGGUGCCCCUGACCCCCCCACCUCCUACAUUCGCAGCCUCAGCGAGAGCCAUGCCACUGCUCGCCGAACCACUCUGCCAAACCUGUUGGCAAGCCUCGGGAAGCCGCCGAAGCUGGUGCCUUUGGAGGGGGAGGGGUCAGAGUACGGGCUGGCAGUGGUGGCGGUGCUGUCGGCGCUGCCCAUGCGCGCCAAGGUGGCUGCCGCCCUCGCAUCGGGUGUGCAACACAGUGGGGGAGGUGGUGGUGGUGGAACCUCGUUUGAGGGCUACACAGGCACCUCCGUGCAUCGCCUCACUUUGCUGCAGGUGGUGGCAGCGUGCAUAUGGGCGGACCUGCAAUACGAUCUCCUCCACUCACGCCCAGCCAUAGAGGCAGCAGCUGCAGCAGGGCCCGCCACCUCACAUCCCGGUGCCUUCUCUCCUGCACUGCUCCUGCCGCAAGCUGCCGCCCUUCUAGCAGAAUUGGAGCGCCAUGCCACCACUCCCCCACACAGCACAACCUGGCCACCCCCUGACCAUGUCAUUCUCGCUCUCUCCUCUGGCCUCCUGGUCCUCGCCUUCUCGCCCACCCUGCCUGUCGCUGCCGCCGCUCCAUCCGCCUCCUCCUUCCUCCGGUCCUCCUCCCUCUCCGCUGCCACACUCUCCCGCCCCUCCCCUUCCUCGCUUCCUCACAACCCCUCCUCACAGCCCCUCUCACCAGCGGCAGUGGCGGCAGUGCGAGCAGUGGCGAGCCAGUGUGUGUCGCGCCUCAAGGGUCUCCUCACACCGCAAGGAGGAAGCCAGGGAAGGCUUGUCAGUGGUGGGGGGCGGGACGGGUGGAGGAUUGGGUGGCUGCCAGAGACAGCAGAGGAGGUGGCAGGGAUCCAAGCACAGCUCGCAGUUGCACAGCGCGUGCUGCCUGAUUGGCUGGGAGUGCACCGCGCUGCACAGGAGGCUGCCGCAGUGCACACUCUCGCCGUGCUCCUCGCGAGCGGAUCGGAGUUCUGUCCGCAAUGUCUGUCGGAAGCGCUCUCAGGGCCCGGCCUCGCGACGCACAAGAUCAUAUCGGCGCGCUUCUUCCUCGACACGCUCCGAUCCGACCCCGACCUAUGCCGUCUGGUCGCGUCCGAGUCGCACUACCUGCUCGCGGUUCCGCUCGUGCAGGCCCUCGCGUGCUCGCGAGACGAGGAGCUAGCAGCGACGUUAGCGGACUUGGUGGUCUUUCUUGUGAGCAAGGGGAGCGGUCGAGGCGGAAGGAACGACGCGAGCGGGAGCGACGAGGGGUUGCUGCUGGAGAAUCUGGUUCGCGCCGUGGCGGUGGAGAUGGAUAAGAUCCCCGUCGCCUCCUCCUCCAGCGGCCACUGCUUCUUGCUGGUCCUGCUGGGGAAGCUCCUGACGGUCGCGUGCAACCGCUACAGCGCGUUGCCAGCGUGGUUGGCGCAGCAGAGCGGUCUGUGGAGUCACGUGGUCAGCACGUUUCACAAGCAGGCACAGGACAGCAUUCGUGCAGAGAGCCUGUUCGUCCUGCACAAGCUCUGCAGCCUGCCAGGUGGCAUGCAGCUAUUGGAGGAGAAGCUGCCCGGCAUGGUGUGUGCGGGCAUCGCCCUGCUGCUCUCCACAGACAGCAAUGACGUCUCAGCCAACUGCGUCGCCCUCCUCACCGCCCUCUCCGCUCCCUCCCACCCUGCCUUCACGCUCGCCUGGCUCGCGCGUCUAGACCACCCAGAAGCGCAGCAGGCGGGAGGUGCUGCCAUGCGCGGGCUUGGAUCGCAGGGCUGCGUGGCUGUGGGAUCUCAGAACCCCCGUGCGAGCCACGCCAUGCACACGCAGGGCAAGGCCCCCCUGGGCCUGCGCAUGAUGCUGUGCGAGGGGCUCAAGAAGACUCUGCUCGCGGCUGACUCCGCCCUGCAGCUCGCAGCCCUGCACCUCAUCUCCCAACUCGCUCUCUCCUGUGCGCCCUCUCAUGAUGGCCCUGCCUCAGACGGACGGUCCAGAUUCGACUGGGUUGCGAAGGAGACAUGGGAGGAGGACUGGUGUAAGCAGGACGGUGUGCAGGGGGGCGAUGGUGGGGGGAUGGUGGAUGAGCGUGGAGCAGCGGCGCUACAGGCGAUGCUGGAUGAGGGACUGGCAGAGCACGUGUUUGAGCUGCUCCGGUCCGCAGAUAGUGGUCUAGUAGCAGACCCGUUGGUGCCGGCCGCCCUCUCAUGCCUGCUGCACCUCGCAGCAUCGCCUGGAGCUGCAGGGCAGGCGUUUGCACGGCGCUUUGUGUUUGGCUUUGACACGCUCUCAUCGCUGCUGCACAACGCCAUAGAGGCCAACGAUUUCCACCUGCAGGCGCUCUCCAUCUCCGUCUUCCUGCACGCCCUGCGCUCUGCGCGCGCCACCCCUAGGGAUGCCAGUCAAUUCCCUCCAGCAAGACUGCACGCGCUGGCGUCUGCUCUCGCAGAGGUGGUGCGGCGGUUCUGCGUGGAUGCACGGGAGAGGAAGCGGUGGAUGCUGGACCAGAACGAAGCCUUCUCCACCGCUUGCUUCGCCCUUGCUGUGCUCGCCUCGUGGCAGAGCAUCGUAGGCGCAGAGAACAUGCAGCUGCUGCGGUUGCUGGAGCAGUGUGUGGGUGAUGGGGCGUCUAUUCUGCCAGCCCUUCAGGACGUGCCCAGCACGGGUGGGUCACUCACAGGCACGGGCGCCAAACUCCAAGGGGCAGCUUCGGCAGCCGUCACUGCAGCUGCAUCUGGCUCUGCAGGUGGGAUGGAUGAGGUGGCCCUGGCUGUUCUCACUUUCCUGCACGCCUGUGCUCAGCGCUUCCUGCACGCCCAGGCGAACUCAGUCAACUCAAUGGCUCCUGCUGCCGCCACACCUGCUGCUGCUGCUCUGGCGUCGUCCCAGCAGGACGCGGGGCUGUUGGCGAUGGUGGGGGGGUCGCAGGGCGCUCCAAUGUUCCACAGCAGCCAGCAGGAGGGCGGGGGGAGGGGCUCAGCAAGCCUUGGUAGGACUCGCGGGGCGUACAUGCGAGGGGCGACCGAUAAGAAUCAAGAGUGGGGUGCAAAGGCGCCCUCUCACACUUCCACAGCCCUGACGUGCUGCCUUGACGACAUAGCCGCUGCUCUCAUGGCUGCUGCCGACAUGCACGUUGCUCCCUUCAUGUUCUCCCUGCACCCACAGCCGCAGCCCCCGCCUGGGCACAUGCACGCGCCCCAUUCAGCAGCACCAGCGCCUUUCUCCGACCCUGCUGCCAUUCUCUCCCGCGCAUACGACGUGCUCAGUCACGUGCUAGCGUGCCCACUGCCCGCCCUCGCACCCAUCGCCCGUCAGUUCGCAGCCAAGCUCGCCUCCAGCUGGACCCUCUCCCUCGUCUUCUCCUCCCUGCACGCCUUCCACCCGCCCGCUGCCUCCUCCCGUGCAACCCCAUCCUGGCUGCCCCAGUCAGUCGCUCCUCCCCAGGCUCCAGAGGGCAGCAAGUGGGACGUGCUGCGCAGGGCAAGCUUGCGCUUCGCCGUGCUGCUGUCUACCGUGGCAGCAACAGGCGAGGAGGGGCAAGCGGUGGUGCAGUGGGUGGUGGGCGUGGCGGGGCUGGAGCGCAUGCCGUGGGCUGUCAGUGACAUGGUGCUGCUGCUGGCAGAGGGCAGGGGGGAACCGGAUGCUGGCAGGAUGGCAAGAGAUAUGCAGUGGCGCUACCAGGGGGGCGAGAGCAGGGAGGGGGGUGCUGGUGAGGAGGAGGAGGUGCAGGCGGUGCAGUGGGUGGUGCUGCUGAUUCUGUACGCUGCUGUGCAGUUCGACGACAGGCUGGUGGACUAUGAGGACAUGUUUGGCGCGCUGCAGAGCUUGGUGCUCUCCAACCGCAUCCCACCACUCGGAUCGCCACUCCUCCCCCUCCCCUCCCUCGCACCUUCCCCCCACAACCACCCCUCAGACGCCCACUCGCCCCCACCCGCCACCACCGCGCGCUCCUCCUUCUUCCUGCUCGUCUUCCUCUCGCUGCACGCGCUGCUGCGCCCCUGCUGCUCCACUGUGUCCUAUGACGCACAGCACCGCCUCCUCUGCUUCCUGCACCGCCACGCUGCAGCGCUCUCCUUCCCCCUCACCGCCUGGCACCUGGCUCUACCGCACUGGAUCCUGUUACAGGACGGUUUGGAGGAGCUGAGCCACAGCCUGGUCCACUCCUGGCUCUGCGCUGCUGCUGCCUCCCUGCCGCCUCCCUCUGCCUCAGGCCCCUCCCCCGGGACCAGCAAUGCAGCAGUAGCUUCAGGGAGCCGCGGUGGCAGUUUAAGGAGUGUAGGUGAGAGUACAGGCGCUGGUGCUGCGCAUGGUGAGACGCCAGAGCUAGAUGCUCUCGGUAGCUUGCUCAGCCAUGGCAGUGAGAGCAGCAAUGCGAGCAGCCAUGGAGUGGAUGAGAUGAGUGGCGACAAGGAAGAGGCAGGGAGGCGGUGUGCAAGAGUGGUGGCGGGGGUGGUGAGGGAGAUGUGGCGGGCGAGGGGGGAGUGGCAGCAGCUGGCGCAGGUGACAGAGGCACUGGCGAUCCUGGUGGACAGGCAUCCGCACUUGAGUGCCCCACUGGAGCAAGGGGCGCUCUCAUCCACGGUACGCCAGUGGCACCCGUUCUCCCUGUGCCUCAACAGCUGCUACCCUGGAGAGUUACCCUUCUUGCUUCCUCCCUCCGUUUCUUGCCUCCCUUCACCCCCCUCCUCCCCCCUGUGCGUGCACCACCAGUACAUAGAGGCCAUGCUGCUGAGCGGCUCUAACCUACCGCCGCCUCUGCUGCUCGCCACCCUGCACCUGCUGGCGCGCCUGCUCUCCCACCUGCCCCCCAAGCCCCCUGUGCCUCCGCGCAUGGGGGGGCGGUUGCAGUCACCGCCACAGCAGGCAACAGCGUGGGAACGCUUGGCACAGCAGAUCCUGAUUGUGGUUGAGCCACUGUUGGAGUCUACUGCUGUCAGCAGCACUGUGGGCGCUGCUCCUCCCACUCUCUCACAACAGCAGCCGCAGCAGCAGCAUUAUAGCCAGGCAUACAGGCAGGCACAAGUGCAGUGUGGUGAUGGUGGCGCAGGGAGCGAGCAGGAAGAGGAGCGUGGCGAGAAGGAGCAGAUGCUGGUGGGUGCGUUGAGUGUGAUCAACGCCCUGCUGUGGCGCGCAACCACACUCUACACACCCAGUGGCGCUGAUUUGUGCAGCCAACCCAACGAAAUUAAUGGAGCAAGAUCAGGCAGCAGUCGUGCAGUGAGUGACGCACGGCUGAUGGCAGUGGUGGAGGCAAACGAGGACGUGGUGAAUGCGGCUGGCACCAUCAUGAUGAGCUCGGCUCUUGUGGCCUUCACCGAGGGGUGCGUGCGUGCUGCUGCAUGUGCCAUCUGUGGGACCACUGGUGACUCCGAGGACACGCCAGCGGUGGCUGGUGGGGGGACGCAAGGGGGGGGAUGUGGUGUGGGUGUGGUGCAGGCGCGAGGGAGUGAGGGAGCGUGGAAAGGCUAUUCCAGCCGUGUGCUGCUCUCCUGCCUUACCUUCUUCAACCUGCGUGUUUCAUGGGUGCAUGCACUGGAGGCUGCAUCCAUUCUCCCCUCGGGCAUUCCACCUCUCAAUCUCUCGCUGCGAUUCUCACCUCCAUCACCGCAACCAACAGCAGCACCAGCAGCCCUCCCAGCAGCAGCAGCUGAAAGCGCCACUAUGGUUCCAGCCACAGUGUGUGCCAGUCAGGGCGACACAGCAGCCCCCAUGAGGCAGGCGCAGCAGCAGGAGCGCACAACCGCGCCAUGCUUGGCAUCCGCUUGCGACCUGGCUGCCAUUCUGCUCGCAGCAGCUGCAGGCCAGCUGCCUGCCACUGUGGCCGCACACAGCAGAGAGCAGGCAGUGGGAGGAGCAGCACGGCAAGGCUGUGCCCCUGGGAACAGCAGUGGUUGCGUCAAGGCCGAUGGGGAUGAGAGGAAGGGAGUGGAGAGUAGGUCAUGGGCAGGGAGGGCGGGUGGCAGAUGCGGGCACGCCAGCAUGCAAGACGCGUUUGUGGCUGCUGAUCUUGCCUCGUGCACCCUGCUCUCCUGCCUCUCCUCUCUCGCCCUCCCUGCAAAUGCAUCCCCAGCACAUCGCCCUGCAGUACCCUUGGACCAAGGCGGCUCUGUUCCUUUUGCCCGGCCUGCCGUACCACCGCUGCUGCCUGCACCAGUGAACACCCCAGGUGAAAGCAACCUACGCUUGUCACAGCAGGAGCAGCAGGAGCGCCAGUACGACCUACCAUCCUCUCAGCCCUCCCCAUUGACCCCUCCCACUCCUGCUCCCCCCGCUAUGCUCCCUUCCCUCCCUGCUGCUGUCUUCUGGCCUAUCGCUGCUGCGCUGCAGCAUGCUGCCUCGUGCCCCCACCCCACUGUGCGGCGCAACACGUGCCUCGCCCUCUCCCUGCUGCUGCGCUGCUUUGAUCCAACCUCCGUUGCUCUCCCCCUGGCAGCCAGCCCCUGGACUCGCCUGCUGCUAGACGAUGCCCUUGCCUCUAUCACCGCAGCUGCUGCCGCCACUGCUGGACCCGCAGCAGCCGCUGCUGCACCAGAUACAGCAGCGGUGCGAGCAGGUGAGAGCAGGCCUGCUGGGGAAGCAGCACAAGCCCAGUCGUCCUCCUCGUGCCCCUCGCCCACCCUGCUGGACCUCCUGCUCUCGCACAGCCUAGAAGCCCUCCACAUCGCUGCCUCCUGCUUUCACCUCGCCCCACCCACCACCCCCCCUCGAUGGCUCUCCCAAAUCUUCCAACCUGCCCGGGUCUCUGCUCUCGUGGGCUCGCUCUGGCGAACCCGCCAGCUGUCUCUGCCCGCCAUCGCCACGUGUCACAGGCUCAUUGGUGCAGGCCUGCUACCUCGCUCUGUUCUACCCCAGCUUCUGGACCUCGUUCAGGCACAUGCCCGGCCACAGCCACAGCAGAGCACCGGCAGCAACACCUGCUCGUCCACACUUACUGCCCGUCCUGUGUGGCUGGCGGGUUGCCUUGUGCUCUGCAACCUCUCCAUCCCAGCCGCUCUCUCCAAUCCUUGUCUCGUAGACCCCUCGCUCCCCGCCACCAUGUCACAGCAGUGCGCUGCGUUCCUUGCCCUGCACGCCAAGCUGCCUCGCUGCACGCAGUAG